UAUUGUUGUUUCUUGUUGAUUUGUAAAAGAAUUGCUGGCAGUGUUUUUUUCUGAAAAGAAAAUUCUUCUUGUACUUAGAACAAAUUUAACUGUGUAGAGUCAGCGGUGGUUUAGCGGAUCGCUUACAUGAAUAUGUUUUUUUUAAUACAUAGACUGCCGCGUACAUUGCUUACUUUUUCGCCGAGUGCUAAUAACCUUUUUAGUAUUCUAUCCGGCCGUUAUAUUUCAAGUAGUGAAAUUUUACAAAAUUCAGAACAAGUCAAUACUAAAGCGAAAGAAAGAAUUGGCGGUUUACCAAGUGAUCUUGUUAAUCAAAAAAAGCUAAAGAAAACAUCGCGAACGUUAUCCACAUUGCAAAAUGACUCGUUGCCUCUAGCGACCCGUAUUUCAGUUUCACCAAAUGAAAGUCGUGAUUUUAUGACAUUGUCUACUGAUAUCAUUCGUGACUUAACUGAUCAUGCCGAUAAAUAUAAUUCAAAAGAUGCUUCUACCUGGCUAAAAAAAGUUUUAGAGUACAAUGUAUUGCAUGGUAAAAAAUUCCGAGGACUUUUAACUGUGUUAACUUAUAAAAAUCUAGUCAAAGAUAUAACGACAGAAAAUUUGAAAUUAGCUCAAAUUUUGGGCUGGUGUCUAGAAUUGCUGCAAUGUUUUUUGGUUUUAAGCGACGAUAUAAUGGAUAAUAGUACUACAAGACGUGGUCAAACCUGCUGGCAUAGACUUGACAACGUUGGCUUAAUUGCUUUUAACGAUAGCAUAAUGCUGGAGAAUGGUAUUUAUGUACUAUUAAAAAAAUAUUUUUCCCACUUAGAGUGUUAUUUGGAUUUAAUGCAUCUGUUCCAUGAAAUGACAUUUAUAACGACGUGUGGACAAUCCUUGGAUAUGCUGAAUAGUAAUAAAAGUGUCUCUACAUUUACGAUGGACACGUACAAGACAAUAGCAGCUAAUAAAACAUCGCAUUAUACAUUUUACUUGCCUAUAGCUGCGGCGAUGCAUUUAGCCGGACUGAAAGAUGCUGAAGCUUUGCGUCAAACCAAAAUGAUUGCUAUGGAAAUUGGUCAUUUCUUUCAAGUGCAAGACGAUUUCUUGGAUUGUUUCGGUAAACCAGAAAUCACCGGUAAAUUGGGUACUGACAUACAAGACAAUAAAUGUUCCUGGUUAGCUGUCGUGUGUAUGCAAAGAGCUAACGAUGAACAAAAAGCCGCUAUGCUAGAAUGUUAUGGAAAAACUGAACCAGACAAGGUAGCCCAUGUUAAGGAACUGUAUAAAACAUUGGGUUUGCCCAACACUUAUGCUGACUACGAACAAGAAUCCUAUAAUAUGAUUAAAACUCAUAUUCAGCAAACUUCACGCGGUGUACCGCAAGACACAUUUUUAGAAGUGUUGAAUAAGAUUUACCAAAGAUCAGCAUAAAAUUAUCUCAAAUCGCAAAUAUUUUUUAAACCAUUGUAAAUUUACUUGUUCGGUAGGGUAAUGUUUUAUAAAAUUUAGUAAUUUUAUGGUUUACGUCUCCAUUAUGUGUAGAAUUUUUUUUUUUAUAUAAUAAAAAAUAAGAAAAAUUUCAAAGAAAUUUUAAUUUUAUAGUCGACUAUGAAUGCCUUGAUGGGUCACAUAAAAAAUCAACGCAAUCAGAAAUGUUAAGUGGCGAUCUGAAAUAAUUUUUGAAACAAAUGGUGUUUCAAAUUUUUAAAGUUUUCAAGAACCAUUAAUUAAGACUCUAUUUUGAGUUGAUUUGAAAUAAUAGGGGGUAAAAAUGAUCUUAAUACCCACGUAAAAUUAAUUUUGUAUUCCUAAAUUUUACAAUAAACCAAUUUAAUUUGCUUUGGGUAAAAAUUUUCGGAUAUUGCAAGAAAAGUAUAAUGCCACUGAAUAGUUGUUUGCUAUUCGACUAUGUAUA